AUGGAAAGCAAUGAGAAUACUCCCUUGAUUGCGACAGUUAGUGUUCGUCCACCACGACAGAGAUAUCAGAAUGAUACCAUUCGUCGAUUCUUCACCAUAGCCGCAAUCGGAUCUCCCACUUCCUGCAUGUGCUACUUCACAAUCUUGAAAACUCCAAAGUCUCAACAGAGUCUCAACCAUCAGCACCAUACCAUGACUUCUCCAACCCACAAAAUCUAUAAAAUCCAAUGGCAUCUCGCCUUCCAAGAUCCACUCAUGCCCCAAACGACACGCUACCACACCAAUAUCUUCAUUGAAACCCAAUCAGACGGCUCUGGUACAAUCCACGAAGUUAAUGGAGACAUCGUCUCAAUCAACGGCAUGACCUAUUUUCAAAUCCCUUCACCACCACCUCAAUCACUCGAGUCGUUUUAUCGAAGAAGUCUUCUGGGCGAAAUUGAUAUAUCUGAUUUGGAAGAAGUAACAGAAGUUCUGAAAAGUACUGCAGCGCCUCCCAGGCAGAGAUGGUUUAGUCCGAGGAGUAUGAAGAUGGAAGCUUGUAAGGUGGAUGGAUCGCCUUAUGGAGAAGGGGAGAAAGUACCGGCAUAUUGGAAGUGUACGGAGUGGACGAAUGAAAAGGCAAUACCUGCUUUGUUGGCAAAGAGAUUGAUAAAAACAGUCGAUGGAGGGGAAGCUGUGGGACAUGAUGGAGCUUAUGACCGUCCUGUCACGUGGUGUUAUUGA